AUUUCGAAUUCACUUUAAUAGCAGUCUAUUUUGGAUUUUGAUACUGAAUCGUCAUGGAAAUAAAUAAGAUUUUGCGCGAAAUUCUCUUUAAAGCUGAACUAGAACGCCACAUUGUUUCUGAAUGUGAAGACCAGGCGCGCAUACUUUGUGGAGAGAACCCAGACAAGCGGUUGCAUAUUAUCGAACAACUUAGGGAUUUAAUAUUAGAGCGAGGCGAAUGUUACCCGCCUAGACUGGACGACGCAUUCUUAUUGAGGUUUCUACGUGCGCGCAACUGUAUACCGGCUCGCGCGCACCGCCUGCUGGCCCGAUACUGUAAAUUCCGGGAACAAAACCCACACCUUUGGCGCGAUGUCUAUUGGUAUGGCUUAGCUAGACUUGGGAACAUCUUUGAAGGAGUCCUAUUCGACAGACCGGAUGUGGGCAGACUGAUCAUUGGAAGACUUGGUCAAUGGGACCCAGACGUCUUUGCUGCUGAUGAUCUAGUUCGAGGCUGUCUUCUCCUUCUAGAGGUGGGAAUUAUGCAACCAAAGCUCCAAGUCUUGGGUGGGACAGCUCUUGUGGACUGCCAAGGGAUGACAUUGAAGCACAUGCGUCAUCUUACUCCAUCGAUUGCUUUACAAGCGAUGAAUGUUAUGGGGUUUGCAUUCCCGUUACAGCAACGUAGCGUACACAUAGUAAAUUGUUCCCGCGUCAUAGAGAAUCUGUUCUACCUCUUUAAACGUCUGGCGCCCGCGGACGGUCUCUGGAAGAGGGUCUACUUUCACGGAUAUGAUUACUCCUCGUUACACCGAUAUCUAGACCAGGAAUGUCUCCCAGAAAGAUACGGAGGACACCGCGAAGCAGUAUCACUAGGCGAAUGGCUUACUGCCAUCAACCAAUAUAGAAAAGAAGACUUUGACAAGGACAUGAGCAGUAUUGGAUAUGCAGUUUAG